AUGAGAACAUUCAACCUGUCGUCGGAGGACUUUUUUAAAUCUUCAUAUAACACCGAGGAGGACCGCAUACGAUUUCAAUCUGCUAUGCAUUCCACGUCACGGCACUUCUGUCACGCCGUGGUGACGGCGUUUGACUUAAGUUCAUUUGAAAAUUGUUCUGACUUAGGAGGUGGGAUAUAUUUUGCAGAUUAUAAUUACCGUACAACUACUUAUUAUAACGGUCGAAUUGUUCACUAAUCUCACUCGGAGCUUUGCGUAAGCCUAGUUCAGGAAAAUUGUGCACCAGGGCAUGGCAUAGCUAAAAGGAAAAGAACCUUCCCUCUCCUCCCCAUCUAGCACUUGAAUGCCCCCCCCGCACACUGCUAUGAAAAACUAAUGGUGCAGAGCAAUCUGCUACCCAUAUCCCCCCCCCCUUCUCAACACCAUACACUGACAGAUCUGCAUCAAACAAAAUUAUCCCUAUCAGUGCUUGGGGUGUCUGACUGUCUGACAGCUGAAAGCUGAAACAGUAUAACAUCAAAGACGGCAACAACAAUACUGAAAAUAACAACAAUAAUAAUAAAUGAUGUUAAACAAUGAUACUGAUAGUGACAGGGACAAAACUCAUAAAGUAGUCGACCACUCCUUCAGUGAGACUUUCGAGGUCCAUUGUAACUAAAGAUAUUCAAGACUUGACCCCAAGUUAGAUUUGCAGGCAGUAGAUGGCAAGUAAGUAACAACCUCAUAAGUAUCAGGGCGAAGGGCUUAUCCCCAGAACCAUCAGAUUACAAGGGCAGCUCCACAUCCACAAAGGAAAACUGCUUCUUAUGAAUUUUCUCACUCUGUAAAUUUCUCUUUUAACACCUAGGUGGAAUGGGAACAAUGGCUUACACUUUAUGCCAAUACUACCCAAACAUGAAGAUCACAGUGUGUGAAGUGCAGUCUGUUGUGGACUCUGCCCAUCAUUUUCAUCCCCCGUUAGAAGAUUACCCCAAUCAACGAAACAUCUCAUACGUAGUAGGAAAUUUCUUCCAAGCAGAUCUGCCAAAGGCUGAUUUGUAUAUAUUGUCACGUAUUCUUCACGACUGGCCAAUUGAAAAAGUGGAACUUAUACUCUCAAAUGUCAUCAAGUGUUUGCCUUCAGGUACGUAUCUUGCUUUGCUUGCUGGGAUAUAUAAUGGUAAUUGA